AUGGAGGACAUUCGUCUUCCAGAAGAAACCGCGGAGGAUCGUGUGCGUGCCGCCACGGAAUUCUUGGAUCCCACGGAUGCUCGGGCACGGAGUUAUCGAGCAGAUAUUGUGUUGAUGCUUAACCGAGGCCUUCGCCGAUUGAUAGUUAGCAUCGACGAGAUCAGAGCCCACAACAGAGAACUUGCAGAUGGUCUCCUCACCCUGCCGUUCGAAUAUUCCGAAGCAUUUAACAAAGCACUGAAAGCAGUGGUCAAGACUCUUCCACACCGACCUGCAAAAGAAACGGGAGAGGAUGUGGCCUACUACUGUGCCUACGUUGGUGCUUUUGGCGAAAAUGCUUGCAAUCCACGAACACUAGGUUCCUCACAUUUGAACCACAUGGUGUCCCUUGAGGGUAUCGUUACAAAGUGCUCUCUAGUCCGUCCAAAGGUCAUUCAAAGUGUCCAUUUCAGCGAGAAACAAAACAAAUUUUUCUCCCGAAAAUACAGAGAUCAGACUAUGACGGCUAGCGGUGCCACAAGCUCGAACGUCUAUCCUCAGGAAGACGACGAAAAGAAUCCGCUCACCACAGAGUAUGGAUAUUGUACCUAUAUGGACCACCAGACGAUUUCGAUCCAGGAGAUGCCCGAAAGGGCCCCUGCUGGUCAAUUACCUCGGGGAGUCGACGUGAUUCUCGAUGACGACCUUGUCGAUCGUGCAAAGCCAGGAGACCGUAUCCAGCUAGUAGGCAUUUUCCGAUCUCUUGGAAACAGAGGAGCCGGUUCAGGAUCAUCAACCUUCAGGACGGUCAUUCUCGCAAAUAACAUAAUCCAACUCUCUUCAAAAUCCGGCGGCGGAAUUGCCCAAACCACGUUGACAGAUACUGACAUCCGCAAUAUCAACAAAUGGGCCAAAAGUCGGAAGACGAAGAUUUUCGACAUGCUUGCUCAGUCAUUGGCCCCUAGUAUUUAUGGGCAUGAGUAUAUCAAAAGAGCCAUCCUACUCAUGCUUCUGGGAGGAAUGGAAAAGAAUCUGGACAACGGCACUCAUCUUCGUGGUGAUAUCAACAUAUUGAUGGUUGGAGAUCCAUCCACCGCCAAAUCGCAAAUGCUUCGCUUCGUUCUGAACACAGCGCCCCUGGCUAUUGCUACAACAGGUCGAGGAUCGUCUGGUGUUGGUCUCACCGCGGCGGUAACUUCCGACAAGGAGACCGGCGAACGACGGCUAGAGGCUGGUGCAAUGGUGCUUGGUGACCGUGGUGUCGUGUGUAUCGAUGAGUUCGACAAGAUGAGUGACGUUGAUCGUGUCGCCAUUCACGAAGUCAUGGAACAACAGACAGUUACGAUUGCUAAAGCAGGCAUUCACACGUCUUUGAACGCGCGAUGCAGUGUCAUUGCAGCAGCCAAUCCUAUUUAUGGACAGUACGACCCUCACAAAGACCCCCACAAGAACAUCGCUCUUCCAGAUUCCUUGCUAUCUCGAUUCGAUUUGUUAUUUAUCGUCACAGACGACCCAGAGGAAAAGAGUGACAGACUGGUGUCAGAGCACGUCUUGCGUCGCCAUCGUUAUCGCCAACCAGGCACUGAAGAAGGUGUACCGGUCCGCGAACAGGCUAACCAAACUCUUGGAGUAGGGCUUGAAGAAUCACAGGAUGAUAAUCGCCCAACGGAGCCACUUGAAAAGUAUAAUAUCAUGCUGCACGCCGGUAUCAAUCCGACUAGCAAAGACGGCAAUGUUGAAAUCUUCAGCUUAGCCUUUAUCAAAAAGUACAUCCAGUACGCAAAAUCUAGAAUCAAGCCCAUCUUGACCAAGGGAGCCGCGGACCACAUAGUGGCCACUUAUUCGGCACUUCGAAAUGAUGAUCUUUCUGGCAACCAGAGAAAGACCUCUCCCUUGACAGCCCGAACCCUUGAGACCCUCAUUCGUCUUUCUACUGCUCACGCCAAGGCACGAUUGUCUAGCCGUGUGGAAGAAAAGGAUGCAAAGGAGGCAGAAAUUAUUCUACGCUUCGCUUUGUUCAAGGAAGUUGUCGAAGAUGGACGACGAAAGAGACGCAAGACAACAUUUGAUGAUUCCGAUGAAGAAGACAACAGUGACGAGGACUCUGACGACGAUAGCGACGAGACCCCCUCUCGCGCACAGAGCGGAGCAACUCCUCGUGCUGCCGCACGCGCAGGUCUCAGAUCUACAGGAACUGCCAACAAUAGAUCCUCGGACUCUCGGGCUAUAUCCCAGGGCAGCGAAGGGCUUUACGAUGCCAGCCCUCGCGGCCAGCGACUCCAGUCGAGCCGAAGCACUCGCAACCAGACCCAGACUGAAUCACAAAUGUCCGUUGCAUCAUCUCAACCAGCAUCACAGUUGGUUGAAUCGCAAACAGACGAGUCACAAAACCAGUCUUCUCAGGCUAGUUCGGGCGCACCUAUCCAGCCCAACCGACUCAACACUUUCCGUCAGACGUUGGGCCCCCUGAUGUCUCGCGUUUUUGUGAAUGAUGACAGUGCUGAUGUGGAAGCGCUUAUCGGUACUGUCAACACCGCCAUUCGCGCGAAUCAAGCACUGGGUGAGCGACACGUUUUCCAAAGACCAGAGGCGAUCCAAGCUCUGAAGGUAAUGAAUGAGAGGAAUGAAUUGAUGUAUCUUGAGGAUGACGAAACUGUGUACCGAAUUUAA